AUGGGUACCGGCCAACGAAGGGAAAGGGGAGCUGUGACGUCGGAAACGAAAAGCAGAGGGAUAGAAAGGGGCGAGAGGGACGCCGAGAAAAAGAUGUGCAGCAGGAGCGAGCCUGGUUUCCUUAUACAGCGGCAUCGUGAUCGACUCCAUAUGUUGCCGUUCUUACUUUUGCUGUCAGCCAUCUUGACGUUGGUCUUGGCUUCUGGUUGUCAGGGGGCAGACGUUGAUAAUGGAGCACGUGGAGAUGGACGUGGAGUCCAACAGUGUGUUUUGAACGCUCUGACAAGAAAAAACAACACCCUGGGGGUGGCGGCCCCGUUUAUUGAAUUGGGUUUCGGCACAGCGGCAUGCGGUGAGCUCUAG